GGAACAGCAGCGGUCUCUAUGGAGCUCACUGAAGCCACAGAUUGUCUAAUUAGAUUAGGCAAGGCUUUCCUCAGAUAAUCAUUUAGCCAGCUCUGUUCUAUUUUGUGUACUUUUUUCUUGGUUUUCCUGCAAUAGAGCGCUGCUCAUGCCUGUCAUCAUGCUGAAGGUCAGGCACAUUUCUCCUCAGUUUGAUGAGCAAAGCGUUGGUCUGCAGAAUGAUGGCUAAUGUGCUGCUGCUGGGUUAUACACUGGUUCUGGACCUGUGGCUGUCUCACUGAUCAGAGUAAUCGGACUGCCACUAAUACCUGCUGCUAACCGGAGGCAAUGGGGGAAGUUUGUUCAAAGAGACCUUGUCAGGCUGGAUCUACACCUCAGUCUUAUCACUGAGUCUGCGUUUUUUGAUAGAGCGCCCACCAAGCUCCAGACCAAGAAGACAUGGCUAGAAACUCUCUUCGUGGGUCCAAACGGCGACGCAGUGCUGAGGCCAACCAUGAGCCAGAGUUCAGCUGCUCCCUGCAGGAGCUUCGCUUACUUAUGGAGCUUCGAGGACCUGAUGCGGUGACGAGGAUACAGGAUUGCUAUGGAGGUGUUAACGGACUGUGCACGAGACUCCGGUCGUCACCAGUUGAAGGUCUUGAAGGAAAACCAGAGGACAUCAGCAAAAGGAAACAGGAGUUUGGCCAGAACGUCAUUCCUCCCAAGAAGUCUAAAACCUUUUUGCAGUUAGUAUGGGAGGCCCUGCAGGAUGUCACUCUUAUCAUCUUGGAGGUGGCUGCAGUCAUUUCCCUCAGCCUUUCUUUCUACAGUCCACCUGAUGCAGAAAGACAGAACUGUGGAAAAGCAGCUGGCGGCAUAGAAGAAGAGGGAGAUGCGGAGACUGGAUGGAUCGAAGGCGCUGCCAUUCUCCUCUCUGUGGUGUGUGUGGUGCUAGUUACGGCCUUUAAUGACUGGAGCAAAGAGAAGCAGUUCCGUGGCCUGCAGAGUCGUAUCGAACAGGAGCAGAAGUUCACCAUAAUCCGGGCGGGGCAAGUGUGCCCCAUCAAAGUGUCUGAGAUCGUGGUCGGAGACAUCGCUCAGGUCAAAUACGGUGACCUUCUUCCAGCCGACGGGAUCUUAAUUCAGGGCAACGAUCUCAAGAUUGAUGAAAGCUCUCUGACUGGAGAGUCUGAUCAUGUCAAGAAGGCUGUCGACAAAGACCCCAUGUUGCUCUCAGGCACACACGUAAUGGAAGGCUCUGGAAAGAUGUUAGUCACUGCUGUAGGUGUGAACUCUCAGACUGGAAUCAUCUUCAAACUGCUUGGUGCCAGUGAAGAUGGGGAUGGCAGUGGCGAGGACAAAAAGAAAAAAGAGGAAAAGAAAAACAAAGACAAAAAGGAGAAGAAGAAUAAAAAGGAAGACAAAAACAUGAAAGGGAAAAACAAGGAUGGACCAACUGUGGAGAUGCAACCACUUAAUGCUGAUGGAGAACCAGAGAAGAAGAAGAAGGCUCUGCCAAAGAAGGAGAAAUCAGUCCUUCAAGGGAAGCUGACCAAGUUAGCUGUACAGAUCGGCAGAGCAGGUCUGUUAAUGUCAGCCCUCACUGUCAUCAUUCUAAUCACUCGCUUCCUGAUUGAUACCUUCUGGAUUCAGGGACUUCCUUUGUUGCAAGAGUGUAUGCCAGUCUACGUGCAAUUUCUAGUCAAGUUCUUCAUCAUUGGCGUGACAGUGCUGGUGGUCGCCGUGCCUGAGGGUCUCCCCCUGGCCGUCACUAUUUCCCUUGCAUAUUCGGUCAAGAAAAUGAUGAAAGAUAACAACCUGGUCCGCCACCUGGAUGCCUGUGAGACAAUGGGCAACGCUACAGCAAUCUGCUCCGAUAAGACGGGGACAUUAACCAUGAACCGGAUGACUGUGGUGCAAGCCUAUAUCGCAGGGCGACACUAUAAAAAGGUGCCAGAGCCAGACCUCAUCCCAACCAAGAUUCUGGACCUGCUCAUCCUUGGCAUCGGGGUCAACUGCGCCUACACCACCAAGAUUAUGCCUCCUGAGAGAGAGGGUGGGCUGCCUCGCCAAAUAGGGAACAAGACCGAAUGUGCCUUACUGGGACUCAGCCUAGACCUGAAACGAGACUACCAGAGUGUCCGCAAUGAAAUCCCAGAGGAGAAGCUGUUCAAGGUCUACACCUUUAACUCUGUGAGGAAAUCCAUGAGCACAGUGUUGAAGAACUUUGAUGGCACCUACAGAAUGUUCAGUAAAGGUGCUGCUGAAAUCUUGCUGAAGAAGUGCAGUAAGAUCUUGACAGCCAGUGGCGAGGCCAAAGUCUUUAAACCUAAGGAUCGAGACCAACUGGUGAAGAAUGUGAUUGAGGCGAUGGCGUCUGAGGGGCUGAGGACAAUCUGUCUGGCCUACAGAGACUUCACUAACAGUGACGUGGAGCCUGAUUGGGACAAUGAGGCCGAGAUCCUCUCUAGACUCACAUGCAUCGCCGUGGUUGGCAUUGAGGACCCCGUACGACCUGAGGUACCAGAAGCCAUCAGAAAGUGCCAGAGAGCUGGGAUCACAGUCCGCAUGGUGACCGGGGACAACAUCAACACAGCUCGAGCCAUCGCCUCCAAAUGUGGCAUAUUGCUGCCUGGAGAUGAAUUCUUAUGCAUAGAAGGGAAAGAGUUCAACAAACGGAUCCGUAAUGAAUUGGGAGAGAUUGAACAGGAGCGGAUUGAUAAAAUUUGGCCUAAAUUAAGAGUCCUUGCUCGAUCCUCUCCGAUGGACAAACACACUUUGGUCAAAGGUAUCAUUGACAGCACUGUCCUGGAGCAGAGGCAGGUUGUGGCGGUGACCGGAGACGGCACCAAUGAUGGUCCCGCUCUCAAGAAAGCGGAUGUUGGCUUUGCUAUGGGCAUUGCCGGGACGGAUGUAGCGAAGGAAGCGUCUGACAUCAUCCUGACAGAUGACAAUUUCUCCAGCAUCGUUAAGGCAGUUAUGUGGGGAAGAAACGUCUAUGACAGCAUUUCCAAGUUCUUGCAGUUCCAGCUCACAGUCAAUGUCGUUGCUGUCACUGUGGCCAUCACCGGAGCCUGCAUUACCCAGGAUUCGCCUCUAAAAGCCGUUCAGAUGUUAUGGGUCAACCUCAUCAUGGACACCUUCGCCUCUCUGGCUCUCGCCACUGAGCCACCCACCGAAGCAUUGCUCCUCAGGAACCCAUAUGGCCGCAACAAGCCGCUCAUCUCACGCACCAUGAUGAAAAACAUUUUAGGCCACGCUGUCUACCAACUGACAUUGAUCUUCACGCUCCUUUUUGUCGGUGAGAAGAUGUUUGACAUCGACUGUGGCAGGAACGCCCCACUUCACGCGCCCCCCUCUGAACACUAUACUAUUGUUUUCAACACGUUCGUCCUCAUGCAGAUCUUCAACGAGUUCAAUGCUCGCAAGAUCCAUGGAGAAAGGAAUGUCUUUGAGGGUGUUUUUAACAACCCCAUCUUUUGCUCCAUUAUCCUGGGAACACUGGUUGUACAGGUCCUAAUAGUGCACUUUGGUGGUAAAGCAUUCAGCUGUGUGCCUCUGACCCUAGAACACUGGCUGUGGUGCAUCUUUCUGGGCAUUGGAAGUCUCCUUUGGGGGCAGCUGGUGUCAAGCGUCCCCACCAGCUGGCUGAAGUUCCUGAAAACAGUCGGCCAUGGCACACAGCAGGAGGAGAUCCCUGAGGAGGAGCUGGAGGAGCUGAAGGACAAGGAUGAGAUUGACCACGCUGAGAUGGAACUAAGGAGGGGUCAGGUGCUGUGGUGCCGUAGCCUCAACCGUAUCCAGACGCAGAUCCGUGUUGUCAAUGCCUUCAGAGACAGCGUGUCUCCUUACGAAGGCCUGGAGACACCAGAGUCCCGCAGCUCCAUCCACAACUUCAUGACUCACCCAGAGUUCCGGAUCGAGGACUUAGAAACUCAGAUCCCACUCAUUGAUGAAAACGAGGAUGAGGACGAUCCACCUACCAAACGGAACUCCAUUAUACCUCCACCUCUGAAGCUGGGCGGACUCUCCAACCUGCAGCCUCUCCCAUCCUCAUCCAACCAGAACAACAAUACAUUAGAGCGCAUCAUUCCGCUGCAUAGGGAUGGCUCCAGGUCCGGUCUAAUCCCACCUAACUCUGCAGGACUGCCACCCUGUCCCGGGAGCCCCCUGCACAGCCUGGAGACAUCACUCUGAAGCAACCACAGUGGGGAAGGGUACUUCCUGCUCUCAUUGUGGUUUUUGUUGUUUGUUUUUUAUUUCAACAAAGAGUUUGGGUUCUCUAGAGAGAAAGAGGUUGAUAAGCUCGACUUUUUGAUUGGUUCAGGAUUUCCGUCUGGUUUAGUUCGGACUGAACCCUGCUUAAACAGACUUUUUUUUUUCUAUUGAUAGACAUGAACUCUUUAUAUGUAAUUUAGAGAUGUGUUUUGUGAUUUGAGUCAUGUAAAUUUAAAUUAAGUUUCAUGUGUAAAUAUUAAUUGAGUCGGUUCAUUUAAAUUAUAUUGUUUUUCGUAGUUUGCCAGCUGUCAAACAAAAGUCAUCUGUUAGAAACAGAUUCAGAUGCGUUUUAUGUUAACUAUGAUAGUAAUGUUAAAAAGAUUAGUCAGUGAGCUUUUAGAAAUCUAUUGUAUUUUAUUACUUCACAUAUUAGUCAGUCAGUUUUUAAGUAAAUGUCUUGUUUCUUUUUAAUGUAUUUUUUAUGUCUUAGCUUAAUGUUUAUAAGAUGGAGGAACAAUGUCAUUAAAAGUUCAAAAAUUACCCUAAUGAGCAGCAGGUUGUGGAAAAAUGUAUUCAACAAAUGUAUUGCCUUUUUUGUUCUUUGUGUAUUAUUGGUGAAAUUUUACCUUUAGGUUUCAUCUAAAACAGAGCUGGGUUAUGGGUUUCACCCAACAUGCUCACUAUUCACAACCCAUUUACAACAAAAGUAAUCUCUCGGACAAUUCAAAUAAUUUAUACAGUCUGAUCAGGUGAAGGUUUUCUAUCUAGGAAAGCCCGGCUGAUGGCAUUGAGGAUUGCAGGAUUUUCUCCCCCUGGAGGAGCAUACUUACAUUGUGUCCUUGACUCUACAACAAUCCCUCACACCGAGCAUGCAUGCAGCAACAGUGGAAAGGAAAAAGAAUCCUAUAGCAGAUUCAGACUCCGUGUGAGCGGCCAACUAAGCCCCACUGGGGGCUCAAUGAGUAGAGGUGUCAUAUCUUAAAUAGACAUGUAGGCAGUAGUCAAAUUGUAAAAAAA